UUUUGGAGAUUGUUUCAUUUUCAUCCACAAAAAAGUUAUGCAGCCAAUUUAUAGAAGUUUACAAAAGAAAUUUAUACAAAAUUCGAACGUACAUUGACAAGUGUAUAAACCAAAUGUAAAUAUUAUUAUGGUUUAAGGCAGUGUGAGCAAUUGGAAUAAGUAAAACCAUUCAGUUGCUGUUGCUUGUUUUAGUGGCUAUCAUCUCUCUCAACGUACGCACACUUCGGCGUAGGCGCCAACAUGGACCCCAACUCCAGUCCUUGGUCGUACGCAUACAAUCGCAUCGUGCCCGGUAGUGCCGGCAGCACAGGUGGCACAACGGAGGAAUUUCAACAUCCGCAUCUGGCCUCCAUAACAGCAGCUAGCUUAGCGAGCUUUAAUGCUGCCGCAGCUAGCGGCGGCAGCUUUGUACCACCAUCACCUAUUGGCAGCUAUAACCCAGUAUUCCAGCAGAUAUAUCAUCAUGCCGCUGCGGCCAGUGUGCAGCCCAAGCCAGCGCAUUAUGCCUCCACAACAGUUAAUACGCCGCAUCGUCAGCUGCAGCAAUUGCAAUUGCCCAGUACGCUGGACAAACAGCUGAGCUCCUUUCAAAAUCAGGCUGCAGUAGCGGCUGUUUCAUCGGCAGCCGCUGCUGCGGCUGUUGUCAACAAUGUGGCCUCGAAUUAUUAUGGUGAAAACUCAUCAUCUAGCGGUGCCUCACCCUCGCCCACAACGGUGGCGCUCACCUCAACGUCGCUCUCUUGGAACGCGCCCAACAUGAUAUCCAAUACUUUUUUGGCCAUGCAACAGCAACAGGCGCAACAGCAGCAGCAGCAACAACAACAACAGCAAGCGCAGCAACAACAACUGAACCUAGUGACCGACAAAGUGCAAAUCAAGCAAGAAAAUAUGCAGCAAACGAAGGCUCAAAUCAAAGUAUACAACGAUCUAAUCUACUUGACACAAUUGCAACAACAACAACAACAGCAGCAACAACAGCAGCAGCAGCUGCACCAGCAACAGCAAAGCGCGGAAACAGUUACCUACUAUACAAUAGAUGGUGAGAAGCUGAAGCUAACACACAAGGACAUUGAGCAACAGAGCGUCAGUCCCGCGUAUGCGUCCGAGUAUGCGAGUCCAACGCUGAGCAGCUCGGCCAAUGGUUCGCCCAUAACGAAUUUAAACACUGUCGAUGUCGUCGGCACACCCCAGGUGAUUGUCUAUAAGACAGCAGCAGCUUCAGGGUCAACGGGGGCGUCAGGGACGCCCUUGGCGCGACGCACCGUGGUGAACGUGGCAAGCGCGGGUUCGUCUGCAGCGCCCGCCACGGUGGCCUACUCAUCUGUGAUACAAAGCACACUACAACAACAGCAACAGCUUCAGCAGCAGCAGCAACAACAACAGCAGCAGCAGCAGCAGCAACACUGCUGGACUAAAGUUGAGAAUGGACCGGAGGAAAUGAAGAAUGUGCUGCAGCUGCAUGUGAAGCAGGAGCAGCGACAAUUGGACUGUGCCAAUGAUGCUGCUGACAGCGGCGAGCAACUGGUAUUCAAUCUGCCACCAGGCUUAGAAAUCAAACAGACCUUCUAUCAGCCGAAUACCAUCAAUGUUGUUGAACAGCAGGCAGCAUCAGCGGCGGCGGCGCAUGAGCAGAUGCUGCAACAACAACAGCAGCAACAACAUGGCGCUAGUUCGCCGCAAGGGGCGCGUGCGCCAAGGCAUCAUAUUGUGGCGAAUAUGAUUAUGUCGCCGGGAACGUCACAGAUUCAAACAUUGCCCAAGGAGGAAGUGAAGACGCCGCCAAAGCCUGCAAAGACGCCGCGAAAGCGUCAGCCGAAGAAGACGCUGAUAGCGAGCAGCGAGUACAAUACUGUGCGCAGUCCGCAGGAGACGCAACAUCAUCAGCUGCAACAGCAACAACAACAGCAGCAGCAGCAACAACAGCACAGCGCGCAGCAACAAAAUACGUAUUACGAUUUUAAUAACAAAUGGAAUACGCCGCUGAAAACAGAGAAUAAUGCAGCUUCUGUGUCGCCAGCCACCAUCAACAUACCCACAUAUCCACAGCAGAAUCAACAGCAGCAGCAGCAACAGUCCUCCCAACAACAGCAGCAGCAACACUUGCCGCAGCCAGCUCAUUUGCAAUCUUCUCAAGCGCAAUCCCAUCUUACGCAGCUAGCUCAGUACUAUCCAGCUUUUCCGCAGCCCAUUGCCACACAAUAUACGGCCUGCAUGCAACAGCAACAACAACAGCAACAGCAGCAGCAACAACAACAACAGCAGCAACAGCAAGCGUAUACGCAACAGCAGCAGCAGCAACAGGUCUACACGCAACAGCUGCAACAUCAGCAGGAGCAACAACAGAGCAGCAGCAACAGCAGCAGCAGCAACACAUCAGCGAGUAAUUGUGGCGCCUGCAACAGGGCAGCAGCCGCGGCAGCUGCAGAGGCCAGCAAUAAGGUGAUUGUGCCAAACAUUGAGGAGGAGCUGGAGUUUUUAGCGGACGCCAGCAGUGCGCCCAAGCAAGGAUACGCCAACUCGCUGACGCACAAUGGUCGUAGCACCAACUCCGCGACGAACAACACCAACUUUGGCAUACGCAAUCCCAACAAAACGCCUUCGCCCGAACCGCCACCUGCUUCGACGCUUGCCUGCAGCAACAAUGGCCUGUCGAGCAGCACGCCCAGUGGCAGCGCCGGCAACAGCAAUGCCUAUAGCCCAGCUGCACCCAAGCCCGUUAGCGUGGGCACUUCCAUAGGCGAGAAGAAGACACAGUUCAUGGACAGCUAUCUGAAGUUUCUGCAGGGCGAGCGUGAUGACGAUCCGCCGCCUGUGGUGAAGCCCUCGCGAAAGCUGAAUUAUCCGCGUGCGCCCUACAAGCGGAAGAACAAAGGCGCUGGUGGCGAUGAGGCCUCCAUAUCGCAGUCGACAUCCGCAGCUGAGGCGACGGUGGACACUCAGGCAGUGGACCCUAGCAUGUCGGGCAUGGUAGGCGAUGAUGGGCAUCGCAUUAAAAUACUCUCACAAACUCAAAUACUGCCCAAGAAGCGGCCGCAUGCCCAUAUGGUGGCAGCUGUGGCCGCUGCAGCAGCUGCAGCCGCGGAAACGUCAGCCAGCGGUGGACUACAGCAUCCGGCGGCAGAUCCCACAGCAUCAUCAUUUCGGCCAUAUGCCCAGCAACAAGAGCCGGGCGCGCAGCACUUUGUGCAGCAACAUUGUGCGCAGUUGCAAGGUGCAGGAGGAGGAGGAGGCGGUGGAGGAGGCAGUCAAGACCCCUUGAAUUUACCCCCACGCCGUGAGCAAUGCUCGCGCAAGGCUAAGGAAAGCAGCAUGCACGCACUGCUGAUAAAUUCCAACACAACGGUGGAGGCUGGCAAUUUGGCCGAACCGGAGGAGUUCACCGACUCGGACACGGAUCCAGUGUGGACGCCGCAGGAGGAAGACAGUGACGACGGCAAGGGCUAUGGCAAGCGCAAGACAGCGCGCCGCAUCAAGGGCACGCCCAGAAAGAAUAUCUAUUGCCAGCCAGCCACGCAGAUGCAUCACAUACAGCUCAACCAGCAGCAGCAGCAGCAACAACAACAACUACAACACCAUCACCAAAUUCAGCAGUUACAAGUGCCUAACUAUAUGCCACAACAGGAGAUGCAGCAGGCUGUGGGCAAUGUUGUCUAUAGCGCUGGCACUACUGGCUCCCCCGGUUCCGUGGAAAACUUCAAAACUGGUGAGUUUAUUGUGCUGCGCUCGGAUCUAUUUAACGACUGGCCCACCAUCUGGCAAGUGGACUCCAAAUGUAUUUUACAAAAAUACGAACCCUUUCGACAGAACGGCAAAACCUUUUACCGCAACAUGUCCAAGUAUGCCUCAUGGAAUCUGGAAACAAAGAAACUCUACCUCAAAGCGCCAGUGCGCAUACAGCUACAAUCCCAUACGGAAACAAUCGUUGAGUUUAUGCGCUCGGAAUUGCAGGCCGAUGAUACCGAGCAGUAUAUUGAGAAGAUAAUGGAGGACUAUCUGUCGCAUCGUGACAAUUUUGAAAUUUAUAUACAAACCAUGAUAUCGCAAGCGCUCGAUCCCAGUUUCUUUUCCGAAAUUACGCGGGAAAAGGAUGAUUAUUUUUUGGGCAGCGUGCGGAUUAUUGACAACAUUAUGGAGACUUGUAAACGAAAAUUGCUGGCCAUCACACCUUGGACGCGUACCAUUAUUUCCUCCAUAGAAACCUGGCCAAAGUGUCAUGUGUUCUCCGAGUGGGUACAAAAUAAUCUAACGCAAAAGAAUUGCGCUGGCUGCUUGCAGCCGGGAAUCGCUGUGCGGUUCCUGCUCUUCGGCGAGCCCUACAAUCCAAACACCAUGCAAACAAUACCAGCCGAUGCGCGCAUUAUGUAUGAAAAGGACAUUGUGUUGUGUCGAAUUUGUGCCGCGCGUGCGGAUCUUUUCCAUAAGAUAGCGCAUGAGAAGUUUAAUCUCUUUAUCAACUGUUCGCAACGCGUCACAGAGCAGCAACAACAGUAUCCCGGCAAGACGUCUACGGAGAUAUUAAACGAUCUGCUUGCCGAGCACAAUUGGAUUGAUGAGCUGUUUCGCAAUAUGCGCAAUUGUUGGGCAGAGGUCGAGAGCUUGGAGCGCCAGAAACGCUUUAGAGAAGUCAUGCAGUAAUCGGAUAAUAAAGUACAUUAGCUUUGUGAGCUUAUGGAAGGGCAUGACAAUGAAUUGUUGUAUACGGCAACGCUGCAAUAAACUCAAUGAGUUGUUAAUUCUAUUGAAUAGCUAUAUGAUUAAGUUAUCUGCUUAAGUUACUACAUAUAUAUACAUACAUUGCAUAUUGCAGUUUGCAAACUAACACCUAAUCAGCCAUACAUAUGUUAUAUACAGUUAAACCUGCUUUAUUGUUUCUGUUUUCUUUUCAAACAAAACACAAAAAGUGCUUGUUGCAGCUACAUGUUUUUAUACACUAUGAUUAAAUUAUGUUUUUAUACGAAGAUUGUUUGUUCAGGCAGAAAUCGCAAAUUUAGUUAAGUUGACGCAGUUUUGGUCUAAAGUAUAGCUUAAUCUAGUUAUAGCUAUUGUAUUUAAAUAUUAUUUCUAGUUACAUUUUAUAUGUAUAUUAAGCA